AAACAGUGCAGUAAACAUACUCUGGAUUGAGUGAUCGAAUCUAACCAUAGAUUAAUACAAUAUUACGUAUUACGUCUAUGAUCUAACCGUUGCAUGACCAUCUGUGUAUUAUGUAUGAUCGAAUCUUAAUCAUUGAAAACACUUCCGCGAUCAAGUACGAGUUCCAGUACACAAACUUGCCAUACAAGCGGUCGUGAAUUUGUUGAAGAAAAGUAAUGAAUUACACAAUGAAAGUCGGCAUUAUUACCUGCAUUACCUGCAUGACUUGUAUGUUCCCAGUUGCUUUGACGAUGGGAGGGCCAAUCAGAAGACAGGCCGCUCAGCCAGAGAAAACUGUCCCCAUUGGAGGAUAUGUCACCUUGCCGUGUCCCCCUUUCCCGAACGAAACACGAAUAUUCGUGUACUGGAAGAAGAACGAUCACACUAUCUACUCUCUCGAAGUCCAGAGUAAUACCUCAUGGACAAACGAUACCAGAUAUGAGGGCAGCAGCAAUGCUACACGUUUAACGAUCAGGGACCUCAAGAAGACAGACAGUGGAAUCUAUCACUGUAAAGUGGCGACACUUCUCUUCAUUGAGGAACGUGGCCAUGUACUGCUAUCUGUUACAGACCAAGGGGUAGGACUUUCCACCUCUUCUCCAGGUGUUCCCUCUAAAGCUUCUACGAUGAUACCACCGCAACCUGCUGAAGAUAAUACAGUCUUUUUAAAGAUUAUCUUCCCCAUCUCCAUUAUCACCUCCAUCAUCAUCUCCGUCAUCAUUACGUGUCUUGGUUUCAAGUACCGGCAACGACUUAAGAACUUACUGGCAGGAUUCGUGGAUGCCUUCAGAAGACUGAAAAUCUGCAAGACCGAUGAUGUAACAAUCUGACAGCUCUCGAGACUGAGAUUGCCAACUAGUGAAUC